UGCGUAAACCGCUGCCAGAGAGGCAGGAUCGCUCUUCCCUUCGGAUACUUUGCAUCUCGUCUACUUCAACCCACUCAGGAGAUGAAAUCCGUGUUUUAAACCGCGUGGGGGAAAAAAGGAAAAACCUCUCUCCAAAUCCAAGAUGACGGUUGAUUUUGAAGACUGCAUCAAGGAUUCUCCCCGGUUUAGGGCAAAUAUUGAUGAAGUGGAGACAGAAGUUGUGGAGAUCGAAGCCAAACUAGAUAAGCUGGUGAAGCUAUGCAGCGGGAUGAUCGAGGCUGGGAAGGCAUACGUCAGUGCCAACAAGCUGUUUGUCAACGGCAUCCGGGAUCUGUCUCAGCAGUGCAAGAAGGAUGAGAUGGUCUCGGAGUGCCUGGAGAAGUGCGGGGAAAGCCUGCAAGAGAUCAUAAACUACCACAUGAUACUGUUUGAUCAAGCCCAGCGGUCUGUGAAGCAGCAGUUGCACAACUUUGUGAAAGAGGAUGUCCGGAAGUUCAAGGAGACCAAGAAGCACUUCGACCGGGUGCGUGAGGAUAUGGAAAUAGCGCAGGUGAAGAACGCUCAGGCGCCCAGGAACAAGCCGCACGAGGUGGAGGAGGCCACCAGCGCGCUCAGCAUCACCCGCAAGUGCUUCCGACACCUCGCUCUGGACUACGUCCUGCAGAUUAACGUCCUUCAGGCAAAGAAGAAAUUUGAGAUCUUAGACGCGAUGCUGUCUUUCAUGAACGCCCAGUACUCGUUGUUCCAGCAGGGCUACAACCUCCUUGACGAGCUCGAUCCCUACAUGAAGAAACUUGCUACUGAGCUGGAUCAGCUGGUCAUUGAUUCUGCCAUGGAAAAGAGGGAAAUGGAACAUAAACAUGCAACUAUUCAACAGAGGACCCUCAUGCAGGAUUUUUCAUAUGACGACUCGAAGGUGGAGUUUAACGUGGACGCUCCAAAUGGCGUGGUGAUGGAGGGCUACUUGUUCAAGAGGGCUAGCAAUGCCUUCAAGACCUGGAACAGACGGUGGUUCUCCAUACAGAACAAUCAGCUGGUCUAUCAAAAGAAGUUGAAGGAUGCUCUUACGGUGGUAGUGGAGGACCUCCGAUUAUGUUCUGUUAAACCUUAUGAAGACAUCGAGAGGAGGUUCUGCUUCGAGGUCGUCUCCCCUUUCAAGAGCUGUAUGCUUCAGGCCGAGUCUGAGAAGCUAAGACAAGCCUGGAUUCAGGCGGUUCAAGCUAGCAUUGCCUCAGCAUACAGAGAGAGCCCAGACACCUACUACAUAGAGCAUCUGGACAGAACAGCCUCUCCGUCCACCAGCAGCAUCGAUUCAGCCAGCGAGCCGCGGGAGCGCAGUGCCAGGAGUGAGACUAUCCUGCAGCGCAUCCAGAGCCUGCCAGGGAACGAGCUCUGCUGUGACUGCGGUCAGGCCGACCCCCGCUGGGCCUCCAUCAACCUGGGCGUCCUGCUUUGCAUCGAGUGCUCCGGCAUCCACAGGAGUCUUGGGGUCCACUGUUCAAAGGUGCGUUCCUUGACGCUUGACUCGUGGGAACCAGAGUUAUUAAAGUUGAUGUGUGAGCUUGGAAACAGUGUCAUCAACCACAUAUAUGAAGGUUCAUACCAAGAACAAGGUCUGAAGAAACCAUUGCCGUCCAGUUCAAGGCAGGAAAAAGAGGCAUGGAUUAGAGCGAAGUACGUGGAGAAGAAAUUCCUGAAAAGGCUGGGCUCCGCUGAGAUCCUCGUCAACGGAGAGAGGAAGUCAGAGAGGCGGUGGAGCGUGAAGAAGUGCCGGAGACACAACAGCGCUGCCACCGUUCCCAAAACCCAGCGAAGAUACAGACAAGAGCCGGGAAGCAACUCUCCUUCUGCACUGUCAAUAGCGGCGGCCAAAUUCAGACGAGAGUCUCUGUUUUGCCCCGACGAGCUGGAUUCUCUCUUCUCUUACUUUGAUAACGGAUCCGGCCCUCGAAGUCUGAGCAGCGACAGCGGCUUGGGGGGCAGCACAGACGGCAGUACAGACAUCUUGGUGUUUGGCUCGGUGGUGGACAGCGUCACGGAGGAGGAGUGUGAAGUGUCUGAGGACUCCAGCGGCGAGACUGAGGCUGAGGCCUCAGACCCGGAGGACAUGAGGGAGAUGGAUCCUGGAACGCUGCUCUACAAAGCCUCUAGAGCUCGCAACCUGCCGGUCAUGGCUGAAGCUCUGGCCCACGGCGGCGACGUUAAUUUUGUCAACGACGUGGAUGAAGGAAAAACACCUCUCAUACAAGCUGUUACUGGGGGUUCUCUGGUUGCCUGCGAGUUCCUGCUGCAGAACGCUGCUGAUGUCAACCAAAGAGACGCACGAGGGAGGGGCCCUCUGUAUCACGCUACAUAUCUGGGACACACAGGGCAGGUGUGUUUGUUCCUUAAAAGAGGAGCUGUACAGAACGAUGGCGACGAAGACGGCCAGGACCCAUUGAGUAUAGCCGUGCAGCAGGCCAAUGCAGAUAUAGUCACGCUGCUGCGACUGGCCAGGAUGAAUGAGGAGAUGCGGGAGUCAGAGGGACCCUUCGGACAGCCAGGUCAAUACCCGAUCAGCAGCCCCACCGAGCAGCAGUAUAAAAAGUGCAUUCAGGAGUUUAUCUGCAUCCAUAUAGCCGACUGCUAAUCAGGCUCAGUCAGGCUGACACAGCGUUAGACCGGUAAUUAGGAAUAUCGGAGAUGUAGGGACUUCCUUUUUCUCUACACCCGGAUAUUUGUAGCGUUGCUUGUCUUGCUGCGUCUGCGGGAUCCUUAGACUAUAAACUCUGCUGCAGUCAGCUCCUCUCUCACAAUCCAACUGAUUUCUAACCAUUGAACCCUCCAAUUGAAAAAUGAAAUAAUUCACUGCGGAUGAGUUUUGAGCACAAAAGGUUUCUGGUCGAGUUCUCAGAAUAAAGUUCUGUCCUCAGCUAAGCAAGCCGAUUUAUGAAAUUGGCUAAUGCUUUUAGCAAAAUGGUAAAUCCAGUCAGCUAAUGUCGGGUUUCCGUCAGCCAGUCUGAACAAAAAAAAUGUUGUUUCUACUUUCGUUAAAUACGUUCACCUGAAGCUUUGUCAUCCCUACCUGAAUGGUUAAAAUGUUGUGGCUGCAGCGAGGAAAACUCUAAAACCUGAUCCUUACUGUGAUAGUGAAUGACUCUAAGAAUCGUUCUCUAUGUAUUGAAUCUGGCGAAGCUUUUAUGAUGCACUUUUUUUCUUUUACAAACAGGGAUUUCAGUUUCUCUAAUUUUAUUCUUGUUAAAACUUCCUGAGCAAUGGUGCAAUAACUUUUUUUAUUACUUUUUUGUAUUGUUAAAUAAUGUAUCAGUUGUUUGUUUUUUUAAAUAAAACAGGGUAGAUUUUGUUAAAUGAGCACUUACAGACGUAUUAUUUAAUUAGAAAAUCUCUAUAGUUUAAUUUAUUCACUUGUAGGUGGAUUUGUUUUCCAGAAUAUGCUGCACUGGAAGACAGGCUCUAUAAAACAACAAAUCACUGAAAAUCCACUGUAUUUACCGAUAGCUGUUUAUUACAACUAGGCCAGAAUUAGUCGCUUUUGUUUCUAACAAAUAGAUAUUUGCAAUGUACUCCAAAUUUCCAUUGCCAUUGAGUUUAUACAUUUAGUAUUGUUGAAUAAUGUUGAGCUUUACAUUAAUUUGCCAAAUCAAAGUUGAGCAUGUAAUAAAAAUCUGUUCCAAAAAGCAGGACUCUUUCCUGCUGUUGCUGCCUGGAUAAUAAGUCAUUUGGGUUUUCGACCAAAGAGUAAUGAGCAGUUUUAAAAAAAAAUUUUUGUUUUUGUUUGUUUGUGGUAAGAU